AUGGUGUUCCUCUCGAUUCCGAACGGGAAGACUCUAUCGAUCGAUUGCAACCCUAAUUCAACAACAAUCUCCACCUUCGAGCAAUUGGUUCACCAACGCACCGAUGUUCCUCAACCUCUCGUUCGCUACUCGCUCCGCACUCGAAACCCUAGCCGUGUCUCCGGAGAUUUUAGGGAUUCCGGUUCCGUUCUGUUAUCCGAUCUCGGUGUUUGUCGUUUCUCUACUGUGAUUAUCCAGGUUCCUCUUUUGGGUGGGAUGCAAGGAGCGGCUCCGCCGAAGCCUCGUCUCGAUUUCCUCAACUCAAAGCCUCCGUCGAAUUACGUCGCGGGUUUGGGUCGUGGUGCUACAGGGUUUACUACUCGGUCCGAUAUUGGUCCCGCUCGUGCUGCUCCGGAUCUACCUGAUCGAUCCGCCGCGGUUACAGCGGCUGCUCCAGGUGUUGGUCGAGGGGCGGGGAAGCCAAGUGAGGCGGAAGACGAUGAAGAAGCUGAGGAGAAAGGGUACGAUGAGAAUCAGAAGUUUGAUGAGUUUGAAGGGAAUGAUGCAGGUUUGUUCUCUAAUGCCGAGUACGAUGAGGAUGAUAAAGAGGCUGAUGCGAUCUGGGAGGCUAUUGACCAGAGGAUGGAUUCGAGGAGGAAAGACAGGAGAGAAGCGAAGCUUAAAGAAGAAAUAGAGAAAUACCGAGCUUCGAACCCUAAAAUUACUGAGCAGUUUGCGGAUUUGAAGAGGAAAUUACACACUUUGUCUGCGAAUGAAUGGGAUAAUAUUCCCGAGAUUGGAGACUACUCGCUGCGUAACAAGAAGAAGAAGUUUGAGAGCUUUGUGCCUAUCCCUGAUACGCUUUUGGAGAAGGCUAAGAAGGAGAAGGAGCUGGUCAUGGCCUUGGACCCAAAGAGUAGAGCCGCUGGUGGGUCGGAGACACCAUGGUCGCAGACUCCCGUGACAGACUUGACUGCCGUCGGUGAGGGAAGAGGCACGGUGUUGUCUCUGAAGCUUGAUAGGUUAUCGGAUUCAGUUUCGGGGCAAACUGUUGUCGAUCCUAAAGGCUACUUAACUGAUCUGAAGAGUAUGAAGAGAACCACUGAUGAAGAGAUUUACGAUCGCAACAGAGCUAGAUUGUUGUACAAGAGUCUAACCUCAUCGAAUCCAAAGAAUCCCAAUGGCUGGAUUGCUGCCGCUAGAGUUGAGGAAAUGGAUGGGAAGAUAAAAGCAGCUAGGUUUCAGAUUCAGAAGGGAUGCGAAGAGUGCCCGAAAAAUGAGGAUGUUUGGCUUGAAGCUUGUAGGUUGGCAAAUCCAGAAGAUGCUAAGGCUGUGAUUGCAAGGGGAGUCAAGCUAAUACCCAAUUCAGUGAAGCUAUGGUUGGAGGCUUCAAAGCUGGAGCAUGAGGAGGAGAACAAGAGUAGGGUAUUGAGAAAGGGACUGGAGCAUAUUCCAGACUCGGUAAGGCUAUGGAAGGCUGUUGUUGAGUUGGCUAAUGAGGAAGAUGCAAGGAUUUUGCUUCACAGAGCUGUGGAGUGCUGCCCUUUGCAUCUGGAGCUAUGGGUGGCGCUUGCAAGGCUCGAGACAUACGAUAACUCGAAGAAGGUGUUGAAUAAAGCGAGAGAAAAGCUCCCUAAGGAGCCUGCGAUUUGGAUCACCGCUGCUAAACUAGAGGAGGCUAAUGGGAACCCGGCUAUGGUGGUAAAGAUUAUCGAUAGGGGUAUAAAGACUCUGCAGAGAGAAGGCGUUGUUAUUGACCGAGAAAAUUGGAUGAGCGAGGCCGAAGCCUCUGAGAGAGCCGGGUCUGUCGCAACUUGCCAGGCAAUUAUUACCAACACUAUCGGUAUUGGAGUCGAGGAAGAGGAUAGAAAGAGAACUUGGGUUGCUGAUGCAGAUGAGUGCAAGAAGAGGGGUUCCAUUGAGACCGCAAGAGCGAUAUAUGCCCAUGCUCUUACUGUAUUCUUGACCAAGAAAAGUAUCUGGCUCAAAGCGGCACAGCUCGAGAAGAGCCACGGAAGUAGGGAGUCCCUUGAUGCCUUGUUGCGUAAGGCUGUGACAUAUGUUCCUCAGGCUGAGGUUCUUUGGCUCAUGGGUGCCAAGGAGAAGUGGCUCGCUGGAGAUGUCCCAGCAGCCCGUGCUAUUCUACAAGAGGCUUAUGCUGCAAUUCCCGACUCUGAGGAAGUCUGGCUUGCUGCUUUUAAGCUCGAGUUUGAGAACAAGGAGCCUGAGAGAGCGAGAAUGCUUCUUGCAAAAGCUAGGGAAAGAGGAGGGACUGAGAGGGUCUGGAUGAAAUCAGCCAUUGUUGAGAGAGAACUUGGCAACGUUGAGGAGGAGAGGAAACUGCUCGAUGAAGGCUUGAAGCAAUUCCCAAAAUUCUUCAAGCUGUGGUUGAUGCUUGGACAGCUCGAGGAACGGCUCAAUCGUCUGGAAAAGGCCAGAAAAGUUUACGACGCUGGUUUGGUUAACUGUCCCCACUGCAUACCGCUGUGGCUCUCGCUCGCUAAUCUUGUGGAGAAAGUGAAUGGGCUGAACAAAGCCCGAGCUAUUCUCACCUCGGCCAGGACGAAGAAUCCCCAGGCGGCGGAACUAUGGUUAGCUGCUAUUCGUGCUGAAAUGAGGCAUGACAACAAGGGAGAUGCUGAGCGUUUGAUGUCAAAGGCACUGCAAGAGUGUCCCAACAGUGGUAUCCUCUGGGCUGCAGACAUCGAGAUGACGCCACGUCCUCGCCGGAAAACUAAGAGUUUGGACGGUUUAAAGAAGUGUGAGCAGGACCCGUAUGUCACUGCAGCUGUCGCCAAGCUCUUCUGGCAUGACAAGAAGGUGGAGAAAGCCAGGACGUGGCUUAAACGAACUGUGACCCUCUCCCCAAGCAUUGGUGAUUUCUGGGCCUUGUAUUACAAAUUUGAACGCCAGCAUGGCUCUGAAGAGGACCAGAAGGAGGUCCUUGACAAAUGUUUAGCUUCUGAGCCGAAGCAUGGUGAGAAGUGGCAAGCCAUCUCCAAAGCGGUGGAGAACGCACACCAGUCUGUGGAGUUUAUCUUGAAGAAAGUCGUGGCUGCAAUGAACAAUGAAGAGAAGGCUGCUUGA